AUGAUUGGAUUCCUAAGACUACUGGUCCUAUUAUGUGCUGCUUCAAUGCUGAGUGCCCAAACAUCUGAAGAGCCGGUAAAUGCGAAUAAAAACAUUGAUAUAAUUUUUGGAGCCAACCAACCAGGCCAAAGGAUAAAAUCGGAUCCUGACAACAUUAAGACCCCGCCUCCAAUAGAAGUUCGACAAAGUGGAGUCGAUGCUUCGAAUUGCGAGUGUGUGCCCUAUAACAAAUGUGAUACGCCAACGGAAGGAAUAACGCAGAAUAUACCCUGUGGAUUUAUGGAACUAUGUUGUCCGCACCAUAGGUUGCGUACAACGACUUUGAAUUCCACGUCGAAGCCAAAUCGAGGCUGUGGAACUCGCAAUGUUGGUGGCUUGGUCUCGGACAUCAAGUAUGAUAUCACACAGUAUGAAUCCGAUUAUGGCGAAUUUCCCUGGACAGUGGCUAUACUGCAGUCUGGAGACUAUUCCUUUACGGGCACACUUAUUCAUCCCCGGGUGGUUCUGACUGCUGCGCACCAGAUUAAAGAUGGGCAAAUCUAUUCAGUUCGUGCUGGAGAAUGGGACAUUAAAUCCACUAAUGAGCGUCUACAGUCGCAAGAAUUAGAGGUGGAAAGAGUUAUAAAGCAUCCCGCAUUGAGUAAGAGCAAUUUUCAAUACGACGUCGCAAUUUUGAUCCUCGAGCAAUCGUUCUCACUGGAAGAUCAUAUCAAUGUGAUAUGCCUACCUGACAACGGAGCUGCUCCACCACUCACCUCAGAAUGCUAUGUCAAUGGAUGGGCUAACGAUGCCAUUGGUAACUUGGACCAAUAUGAUGUCCUAAUGAAUCGGUUGCCAUAUCGUAUUAUGGAGUUUAGCGAGUGUCAUAAUCGACUUCGAAACAUACUUUUAAAUAUAGAAGAAUUUUACCUAAGCCCUUCCAUCAUGUGCGCCGAAACACAGACAACCGUCAGUUUGAGCAAAGGCUAUGGCGGCGCACCACUGGCCUGUCCUUUUGGAGAUCCGAGUAAAAAUCGCUACCAGCUUAGUGGCAUUAUGUCUUUCCAUUACGGUUACAAUUACGUUUCCAAAAAAACGGGCUUCGUCAACGUGGCCUCGGUGCGAAAUUGGAUUGACCAGGAAAUGACUGCCAAUGGUUUCGAUAAAUCCUACUAUACCGCCUGA